CCGGGGACCAGCGGGCGGGGACCAGCGGGCGGCGCGUCCACCAAGGCCACCCUGACCCCAUCCCCGCCCACAACCACCGGGUCCCUUCUGUGGGCCUGACCGAAAGGGGCGUCGUGGGCCGGGGGCUCCUGGGGACCCGCCCGGUGGGUGCGGUUCCCUCCUGCGGCUGGUGGGCCGUCCUCCCGCCGCGCGCCCACCCUGGCAGGACAAGCAGGGGCUGGCUCCCCUGGGUGCCGGGAAGGGUAGAGCCCCAGGUCCCAGAGGAGGAGAAAAACAGGGUGGGGGUGCAGCCAGCGGAAGAUAAGGACCCAGGGGAGGGACUACGCACCCGCACCCGGGACGCAGGAAGGCAAUGCCCGGAGGUGAGCUGGGCCUGCAGGGAGACGGCAGGGUCCCCAGGGGACAGGGUCCCCAGGGCGGCUCCAGCUGCAGGCUGCAGAGGCACAGAGGCAGCAGCAGAGACAGGUCCUAGGGGGCAGGGUCCGCUCCCCUCUCCUGGUCUCCUCCCAGCACCCGCCGGCUGCCUUCCACCCACCCGCUGCCCAACCCUGCCCUCGGCCCUGUCCCAAGUCACCAGGGAGGCCCCGGCCCCAGCCCCCACCUGCCUCCUGGCCCUGGGAGGGCAGCCGCCCCCACGGGCUUCCGGAGGAGCAGACCCUGGGGCCUGAGGGGCGGGGAGCGCCUGAGGAGGGCUGCCGUCCCGCACAGCCCGCCCCCUGACACGCCACCCUCAAAGCCACCCCUGCCACCUGCCAAAGCACCUGGCAGCUCGUAGCAGAGGCGGGACACACCUCCUCCCGCCUGGCGCCCCCACGUCCGUGCUCCCUCGGCGGCCUCGGAGCCCCGCACAGCAGCGCAGGCACAGCGCUUCCCCCUCCCGGGGCUGAGGCCGAGGCCCGAGGUCGGGGGGCGCACAGCCACGUUCAGGGGGGUCGUCCUGACUCGCACAUGGCAGCCUUCACGGGCAGCAGAGGGAGCACGAGGUGGGCGGUGUCUCCGAACAGGGCCCUGACCCCGUCCCUGUCCCCACUACCGCCCUCCAAGGCCCCACCCCGCGGGCCAUCCGUGGGGGUGAGAGUCUCAACACACGAAUCAGUGACGGAGUGACUGCGUUGUCGAGGCCACUCCGUCCGUGACGCUCUGCUACCGGAACCCCGUCAAAGCCCCGGGGCUGGCCGGCUGCACACCGUGGGGUGACCGGCACUCGCACCCUCGAGACCAUGGCUGGGCAUCUUUAUUGCCGGUCACGUGGGGCGCACACGGCCGCUCCACUGCAGGGGGACGACGGUCGCGUCUGCUGCUCUGACCUGGUUGCCGCAUGGUUGCCGGACCUCGGCUGUUGGGAAAAAAUGCUUCCAGGAACUCUGGCCCAUGGACGCGCGGCCCCUGGAGUGACACAGCUGGGCCACAGGACAUGCUGCGUUCCCCUCUACCAGGUUUGGUGGUGAGGAAGGCUCCAGACCCUUGCCCCAGCUUCAUCUGCCACCUGCCGCUCUUCCCAUAAGGCCCUGGCCCGAGCUCCACCAUUUUUCUCUCAAGCGUCUUUUCCUUAAUGACUCGUAGUUCGUCACAUGCUCUGGAGGGGACAGUUGUGUCCGCUGCAGUCCACACUCCCCAGCCGCGCGCCCACACCCCAGAACCGGGACCACAGGGACAGGGAACCAGGGCUCCUGGAGAAAUGCAGGCUCGGCCUCCUGGGAGCCCCUGGUCGCAGGGCUCUUGCCAACGGGUCCACGCAGAGCCCUGUUUCGUGCGGCUUCCGCUUAAAGGUCCCUCAUCCAAGACACUGCAGACCCAUGAGGAACCGUGGCACCGGCGCCACCGACCUUGGCCCGGUCGGAACCCGCGCAGCUCGCCGUCACAGCCGUGGGCGCUGGGGGCCCAGGAUCUCCAGCACCACGCAGGGGGCACGUCGGGCCAGGGCCACCGGCCAGAAGCACAAAGUGAGGGGAAAGCGGCCCAGAGAGACCCCACAAAGGACGCUGCUUUCCUGCGUGAGCUGUGCGCUGCCUUGCUCUGCCGCCACGGGGGACGCCGGGCCACUCUCACUUCUCGGUGCUCGGGAGAAAAGAGGAGAACUGCGAGUCUCUAACGCCGUGUGUGCUGCUCCACCGACGUCCUGGCCGGACAGCUCCCUCCCCACAGCUCGCAGCCACCGCGGCCACCACCCGGGUCUGCAGGGGCCGUCGGCAGGUGUCGCCCACAGGCUGGCAAGCGUGCCGUGCCUGGUCCCAGGCGCCCCCACGGAUCGGAUGAGCCUUCUUCCAUCGCGUCCUUGUCACGUUGGCCGCGAGGGCUGCACGUUAUCUCGGUGUCAGCAUUUCCUGCUGUUUCCUGUGCCAGGGUGACUGGCGUUGACUCCGCGACGCAAGGAAGUGACUGGGAACACCAC